AACUGCGACAAUCGCGCUGCGUCUCGCGAGAGAAAGCGAGAACGCAAAAGCUAGCGAGCGCGCUAGCCAGUUUUGUUCUCCCGUUUGAGAUUAAUCUCGUUUUAUUUUGGCUACAAUGUCCGGAGGAACAAACCUCGGGAUUCCCGGGACAAGCCAAGUCAGCCCCGGCACAUCCGCACACCGGAAAAAAGAUAGCAGUCCGUCCGCUAGGUUCUGGGAGAGUCCGGAUACUUUAGCCCAGCUGGAGGUGGUGCGACAGUGGAUCGGGAAGCACUACAAAAAGUAUGUGCUGGUGGAUGCUCCAUCGUGUCAGGCUCUGGCUGCAGUGACCCUGCAGCUUCUCCAGUUCCAAGAGGAUGCCUUUGGCAGACAAGCUGCCAGUCCUGCUCUCACCAAACUGCCUACACAGUGCUUCCUGGACCUGCGACCAGGGGGUGGACUCUGCCACAUUCUUGGCACUGCCUACAAGUUCAAGGCUGAGCAAGGCUGGCGGCGGUUUGACUUGCAGAAUCCGUCAAGAACUGAAAGGAAUGUUGAGAUGUUUGGUACUAUUGAAAGAGCGCUGAUCCAGAACAACUGUAUGUCACUGCCUGUGGUAUAUCUGGACCCUACGCUGGAUCAGGAGCUGGCUAGCAGACUUACCGAUAUUAUCACCAAACACCAGGGUACACUCACUGUGGACCGAGCGCUCGCCAGUCACCACAUCUACCCCGUACCUGCUUUUACAGAGGAAGAUGAAUGGAUGCGUCCUGUCAUGCGGAAAGACAACCAUGUCUUGGUACACUGGGGCAUGCACCCUGACAGUUAUGACAGCUGGCUGUCCUCAAGUGAUGUUGAAGGAGAGGUUGAAGAGCCACCACAUUCAGAAAAGCUGUGGCGGGUCCAUGCUGGCUGGGUUCUGAACACCGAUGUUUUCAACGAGUGGAUGAACGAGGAAGACUACUGUGUGGAUGAGAGGAAUGUACCGAUCAUUCUCCGCCAGCGUAUUCACCUCCGAGACGACCAGGACUCCAAAUCCACCCCCUCCAAAAAGAGAAGACGCUCCCCCUCUCCUCCUUCAUCUGAAGGCAGGAAGAAAGGAAAAAAGGGGAGAAGGCGUGGGCAACAGGAGGAAGAGCCAGAAGAGGACUUGACCAAAGACAUGGAGGACCCUACCCCUGUUCCCAACAUGGAGGAGGUUAUACUACCUAAGAUUGUCAACCUGAAGAAGGACAGUGAGAAUACUCCUGUCAAAGGAGGAACCAUGGCUGACCUGGAUGAACAGGAGGAUGAUUUCCCAGGAAGGGAAGAUGAGGAGGGAAGAGGGGAGAUACCUCGCCUGUCAGAAGGAGAGGACAACAUCACAGAACAAACCCAUCAUAUCAUAAUACCAAGCUACACAUCUUGGUUCAAUUACAACAGCAUUCACUCGAUAGAGAAACGUUCAUUGCCUGAAUUCUUCAAUGGAAAGAACAAGUCCAAAUCUCCAGAAAUCUAUCUGGCGUACCGUAACUUCAUGAUCGACACAUACCGGCUCAACCCCCAAGAAUACCUCAGUUCAACAUCCUGCAGGCGCAACCUCACUGGAGACGUCUGUGCAGUCAUGAGAGUUCAUGCCUUUUUGGAGCAGUGGGGUUUGAUUAACUACCAGGUGGAUGCAGAGAGCAGACUCCCCAUGGGACCCCCACCCACCCCUCAUUUCAACGUUCUGGCUGACACACCAUCUGGGCUGGCCCCCUUACAACACAAACCGCUACAGGUGUCAGCCUCACAGCACAUGUUGUUUUUCCCAGAAAAGAGCAGAGACAAGCCUUCAGACUGCCAGAACUUUGGUCUGCGCAGCGACAUCUACACCAAGAAACACCCUAAGACUAAAGGAGCGAGUGCAGGAAGGGAAUGGACAGAGCAAGAGACGCUCUUGCUGUUAGAGGCCUUGGAGGUCUACAGAGACGACUGGAACAAAGUGUCUGAGCAUGUGGGCUCCAGAACGCAGGACGAGUGUAUCCUCCACUUCCUUCGCCUGCCAAUAGAAGACCCUUACCUAGAAGACUCCUCGGCCUCCCUCGGGCCACUGGCGUACCAGCCCGUGCCUUUCAGCCAAUCAGAAAACCCUGUCAUGAGCACUGUGGCCUUCCUGGCAUCCGUAGUGGACCCACGGGUGGCAUCAUCCGCAGCUAAGGCCGCUCUGGAGGAGUUUUCCCGAGUGCAGGAGGACUCAGUGGAUAAGAUCUCUGAAAUGUCCAACCAGCCUGACAAAAUAGAAUUGAUGGAUGCAGAAAAAAUUGAGACAAACUCCACCUCCCAUCAGGUCCCUGUAAGGGUGGAUGGGCUGAAGGUGGAACUCAGUGGGGCCAAAGUGGAGGGAGAACGAGUCAAAAGAGAAAAUGCUGAAAAUAUACUUGCAGAGGAGAGAGACGGAAUGGGAGAUGACGACGAGAGCGUAGGCCGGCGGGAGGGAGACGGGGAUGACGGGAGAGUGAUGGAGCAGGAUCUGGUUGAGGGCAGCGUUGCCACGGCAGCAGCAGCUGCUCUGGCCUCAGCUGCCACAAAGGCCAAGCACUUGGCGGCAGUAGAAGAGAGGAAGAUCAAGUCCCUGGUGGCUCUGCUGGUGGAGACCCAGAUGAAGAAGCUGGAGAUCAAGCUGAGGCACUUUGAGGAGCUGGAGACCAUCAUGGACCGUGAGAAGGAGGCUCUGGAGCAGCAGCGGCAGCAGCUCCUGUCAGAGAGACAGACGUUCCACACGGAGCAGCUGAAACAGGCAGAGAUGAAGGUUCGCCAGCAGAGGGAGCAGCAGGGGCAGCCGGGAUACUCAGUGCAGCAUUCAGCCCUGCCUCCUCCUUCAGGCCAGUCCAUGCCCACUCGGAUGAUGCCUGGUGGAGGAAAUGCCCAGGCGAUGGCCCCCCGACACCCUGGAGCUCCCAAUGGCAUGUACCCGUCCUCGCAGCCUGAUGGGAUAGCACCAGCUCAGCCGGGUCAUCAAGCAUCUGGUCACAGCUGAACUGACCAGAAAACAAGACACACACCAGUCCUCCUUCAACCAGAACACACACAUAAAGAUGUAACACUGGCAUAAAUGUUCAGAAACAACUGUUAAGAAAUUGUAACUCUUCAGUAGUCACAUGUUUAUAGACUGAAAGACACACAAGCACAUAGACACAGCUGAUGUGUAUUUGGUCAACGGCUCAGUCCGUCUUAUAUCUGUGAAAUAUUUGUGCUCUAAUGUCAGAGUUGAGAAAUCUGAAGAUUGAACUCAACUCAUUAAAGUUGUUUUACAUGAAA